AUGGCAGUGGAAUCUACUAUUCAUAUUUGUCGUGAUUGCUUGUUUACUAAGCAAUUGCUUCAUACCAAUGCUGCGGUGGCUCAUGUUUGUUACAAUCCCCAUUUUACUCACCAUAACAUUUUGGAGUGGUUAAGUUCUUGUGCUCGUGAACUCUCGUUGAAAAGCUUGGGUGAGUUUGUGUACUUGUUGUGGGGUGUCUGGAAAGAACGAAAUUGUUGUAUUUGGGAUGAUAAAGCUAGCUCGGUUAGUGAUGUGCUGCUCAAGACAGUUUCUAGACUACAGGAUUUCAGAGUUCAUAACAUGAAAUUAGGUAGAAUUGGUCCUAGGGAAGUGAGGGUGGCUCGGUGGUUUGCUCCUCCGAUUGGAUGGUUCAAGGUUAUUGUUGAUGGUUCUUAUAACCAUGUAACUACAAAAGGAAGUGGAGGUUUUAUUGUAAGAGAUUGGCAAGGUUCUAUGCUUGCCGAUGGUGGGAAGCCAUUGCAUGGCAUAAUCUCUCCAGAACAUGCAGAGGUAGAGGCAUGUAAGCAGGCGGUGGAAUUUGUGUUGGAGCAGUCCUUCUUGCCAGCUAUUAUUGAAACCGAUUCUAUUUUGGUGCAGCAGCAGUUGGUCAGUAAGAAUGGACCUAAUACAUCAGUUCUGGGACGUAUAUAUGAUGAUUUGGGUGUCCUUCUGGCAGCUGACCCAAACAUGCAGGUUGUUCAUACCAACAGGACUGCAAAUAAGGUGGCUCACCUUGUGGCAGCCUCUUGUACCUAA